CGCAACACAUUUGUUUGUUUACAACGUGAAUUUAUUCUGAGAUGAGUGAAACAAUUCUGCCUUUAGAUGAUAGCGUUGACAAUGAGAAGCGGCCGCAGUUUGGUACACGUCUGCUUAAGGACGAUGCCGAUGUGUUCAAGCACAACGCCUGGUAAAUAUAUCAGUAGCAAAACUUGGGAACACACCCGCAAGCGCAAGAAACCGAGCGGAGCUGGUCAACGAAUACUCAGCGAUGCGCGCGAGGUGUUCGAGUUUAAUGCAUGGGAUCACGUGCAAUGGGAUGCGGAGCAGGAGCAAGCCGCUCAGGCGGCUGUUGAGCAGAAUUCCACCGUGAAAAUGAGCGAGGAUCAGCGAGAGCGUUUUCAAUCCGAUGCGCCCAAGUUCUGGGACUCUUUCUAUGGGAUUCACGAUAAUCGAUUUUUCAAGGAUCGCCAUUGGCUCUUCACAGAGUUUCCCGAGCUGGCACCCAUGGCCGCCGGAGAGCAAUCCCUUCCCCGCAGCAUCUUCGAGUUGGGCUGCGGCGUUGGCAACACCAUUCUGCCCAUACUUCAGUACAGCUGCGAGUCUCAGCUUAAGGUGUAUGGUUGUGACUUCUCGGAACGCGCCAUCGAAAUUCUACGCAGUCAGCCGCAAUUCGAUGGCAAACGCUGCGAGGUGUUUGUCAUGGAUGCCACAGAGGAGCGGUGGCAGGUGCCUUUCGAGGCCGACUCUCAGGACAUUAUCGUAAUGAUCUUUGUGUUGUCAGCCAUUGAACCAUCGAAAAUGCAACGUGUGCUCGAGAAUUGUUAUCGCUUCCUCAAGCCUGGUGGACUGCUCGUGUUUCGGGACUAUGGACGCUAUGAUCUGGCGCAGCUGCGCUUCAAGAGCGGCAAGUGUCUGGAGGAUAAUUUCUAUGUGCGCGGCGAUGGAACUAUGGUGUAUUUCUUUACGGAACAAGAGCUACGAGAUAUGUUCACCAAAGUGGGUCUGGUCGAGGAGCAGCUUAUUGUGGACAGGAGACUACAGGUGAAUCGUGGGCGUUGCCUUAAAAUGUAUCGUGUUUGGAUACAGACCAAGUUCAGGAAACCUCUGUGAAUCCACCUUUUCAUCUUCCAUCGGACAGCAGGAAUCUAUUCGAUUUUGUACUCGUUAUUAUAUAUUAAAGCUACUCGAUACUUUUUUGUCACUCUCCGAA